CUCCGACACGUCAGAAGCGAGCGCCGGAAGUUGGCCGCGGGUUAGAGGAGAGUCGGAAUUUGGAGAGGCCUAAAGAGUUUUCCGUGUUACACCCAGCCAUAGGAUUUGAAACAAAGUACCGACUAGGAAUUGGGAUCUUUUUAGCUUGCCCUCGGAAAAAUGAUUCCUGGUUGGAUUUGUGAGGGCCCCGUUUUGAGGUAUUAAGUAUUUGAGUCUCCGAUUUCAGGGACAACAAUGGACACCCAGAAGGACGUUCAACCCCCAAAGCAGCAGCCAAUGAUCUAUAUCUGUGGAGAAUGUCACACAGAAAAUGAAAUAAAAUCAAGGGAUCCAAUCCGAUGCAGAGAAUGUGGAUACAGAAUAAUGUACAAGAAAAGGACUAAAAGAUUGGUGGUUUUUGAUGCUCGGUGAAACAUGAAGUUUGGAGGAAUAUCUUCAUUUUUAUUUGGAUUUGUUGUUAAUGUUGUAUAGAUUUUGAUUAGUGUACUUUAUGAAUACAAUUAUAUACACAUUUCAUUUUAAAAAACCAUAUUGUAUUUAGAUAUCUGUUAAUAGCUUAUAUAAAGAUAUUAUUUUUCAUUCAGUUACAUGGUUUGUAUUUUAAUUUUAUUGUAUAUGUAAUCUGACACUCAGUGGAGGUUAAAAAUGUUUCCCAAACUACACUUUAAGCAAAACCUGGAAUCAUCUGGGACCCUUGUUAAAAAUGAAGUUUUCUGGGGCUUUUUAAAGGUCUGAUUAAGUAAGUUCUUAGGAAACCUCUGUUUUACAUCACCAAUUGUUUGUAAACUCUCUGGCUUUUGUAUAGAGUAUACCAGUGUACUUACUGUCAAUGUGCAUACCUCAUUUUGAGUUACAGUUUUCAUUUGUUAACUUGACAUAGGCUUUCUGUAUUUAUAUGUAAUGGUUGGCUUUUUAAAAUCUUGGGCAAGGGAAAAGAAACUUUGAUGGUUGCUUUCUGCAAGACAGAAUCAAUCCCAAGUAAAGUGGGUGAAGCAGACUGUUAAGGCAGGUGUGGUUUCCCAGUUGUAAUUAUUCAUUAAAGUAAACAAAAAAUUCUGCUUUCAGCAUAUUAAAAAAGUUGGUUUACACUUAAUUAUUGGAUGAAUGUUUAAAGCUUUUGCUUUGAUAACUGGGAAUAUGGAUACUGAGAUAAUCCCAUCUGUUCCAGGAUUUGAUUAGAUAAACUUCAUUGAUAGCGUUGUGUGUCUCGAACAUUCAGAGAAUUAUCUGUGCCAUUUAAAAGAAGUACCUGUUAUUUUUACUGCCAUCCUUAAAUACUAAGUUCUGUAAGUUCAUUAUGUGCUAUAUAGCACUACUAUACUCGAGAUUUUUAAAGGGUGCUUCCUUGAUCCAGUUUUUCCUAGACCGUGGCUUUCAUAAUUCUGUGAUUCUGCCAUAUUCCUUAAUUCCUUCUUAAGCUUGUCCUUUCUGUAUGGAAGAGUCCUGAUAAAUGACAGCUGCCUAAACCCCAACUCACUGAUAAUGUUGCUCUUAACUAUUCUAAUUUCAUCAUAGGUCCUUUGUGCUUUUAGUAGUUUGAGUAUUGUUGUUUGGUUAACUAGUCUGUGGUUUAAUGGGUAAAGUAUUACGCCUGGAAUUCAUUUCAA